CUUUUCUCAUCAACAAGAGAGACUGAUCAUCACACGGCAACUGAUUUUGUUUGCUGUACAUAACGAAGAUGAGGCUGAAGGAGAUCCUGAGGACAGCCACGCAGGCAUGGAGUCCUGCAGCCCACCAUCCUGCAUAUCUAGCUUUAGGAACAUCUGCGCAGCAGCUGGAUGCUUCAUUCAACACCACAGCAGCCCUGGAGAUCUUUGAGAUGGACUUUGCUGAUACAUCCAUGGAUAUGAAACUCAGAGGGUCCAUACCCACCUCAAACAGGUUCCACAGUCUGAUCUGGGUGACGUUUGGGAUGGGAGUGGACGGGUCAGCGGGGAGGCUGGUCGGGGGCAGUGAAAACGGCACAGUGACCGUGUACAGCCCAGACGCCAUCUUCACCUCAGGCGAGGACGCCGUCGUUGGCCAAUCAGAUAAACAUACGGGUCCCGUCCGAGCUCUAGACUUCAAUCCCUUUCAGAGUAAUCUUUUAGCAUCUGGGGCAAAUGAUUCAGAAAUUUAUAUCUGGGAUUUGAAUAAUUUCAGUAAUCCAAUGACACCAGGAACAAAGUCACAGCUGUGUGAGCCUGUCGAGGACGUGAGUGUGGUGGCGUGGAACAGACAGGUCCAGCACAUCCUGGCAUCUGCCAACCCCAGCGGGAAAGCUGUGGUCUGGGACCUGAGGAAGAACGAGCCCAUCAUCAAAAUCAGCGACCACAGCAACAGGAUGCAUUGUUCAGGAAUGCUGUGGCACCCAGAGGUGGCCACCCAGCUGGUCCUGGCCUCAGAGGAUGACCGGCUGCCUGUUAUUCAGAUGUGGGACCUGCGCUUUGCGACAUCUCCUCUCAAAGUCCUGGAGAACCACACACGAGGGAUUUUGUCCAUCUCCUGGAGUCAGGCAGACCCAGAGUUACUCCUGAGCAGUGCCAAAGACAACCGCAUCCUCUGCUGGAACCCCAUGACUGGAGAGGUGGUUUAUGAGCUGCCAACAGCCAAUCAGUGGUGCUUUGACGUGCAGUGGUGUCCCAGGAACCCGGCGCUGCUCUCUGCCGCCUCGUUUGAUGGACAUAUCAGUGUCUACUCUGUCAUGGGAGGAAGCCUGCAAACACAUCAGCACAGCAGCAUUGACCAGAUCUCUGCGUCGUUCGACACUAAUGACCCGUUUGGGACAGGACAGGUGUUACCCCCCCUGCAGGUUCCCCAACCUACUGCCCAGACCACCAUCGUACCCCCCCUGACAAAACCCCCCAAAUGGGUGCGACGGCCCGUGGGUGCCUCUUUCGCUUUUGGGGGUAAACUGAUCACCUUUGAGAACCCAAAGCCUCCGCAGCAGCAGGUGGGCCAGCCCGUCCCCAGGCAGGUAGUCAUCAGUCAGGUUACCACGGAGACAGAGUUCCUGCAGAGGUCUGGAGAGCUGCAGGCAGCCCUGCACUCAGGCUCUCUGUCCAGUUACUGCCAGGCCAAGAUUAACAAUGCCCCGUCUGACUCAGAACAGGACAUCUGGAGGUUUCUCAUGGUUAACUUUGAAGAGGAGGCCCGUGUGAAGUUUCUCCGUCUGCUGGGUUUCAGCAAAGAGGAGUUGGAUAAAAAGAUCUCCUCCUGUGUGGGGAAGAACCUGCAGCCCAACGGGCAUGGCGUAGACCUCAAUGACCUAACAGAGAAGAUGCAACUGCUCUCUGCGCAGCGCUCAGAUGAAUCAGACGCAGCUGGAGACGACAGCUCCACUGCCGCUGACUUUUUCAGCCAGAUCCCCAAAGAGAAGCCCAACUUUCACAUCCCUGUUUCAACAGACACAGAUGGUUUGAUAAGCCAGGCCCUGCUGGUGGGGAACUUUGAGGGGGCAGUGGAUCUCUGCCUAAACGAUGGCCGCUUUGCCGAGGCCAUCCUCCUGUCAAUCAGUGGAGGGGAGGAGCUUCUGAAAAAGACCCAACAGAGAUACCUCAACAAGCAGACCAACAGCAUCUCCAUGCUGAUCUCUUCGGUGGUGACUCAGAACUGGCGGGACAUCGUGCAGAGCUGUGAGCUGGAUAACUGGAAGGAGGCACUAGCCGCUCUGUUAACCUACGCCAACCCUGAAGAGUUCGCCCAGCUCUGUGAUACGCUGGGUGGGCGUCUUGAGACAGAGGGCACAGAGAAACGCAGUCUGCAGGCCUGCCUAUGCUACAUCUGCUCUGGAAAUAUCGACAAACUGGUGGAGUGCUGGACCAUGCAGAGAGACUGCUCAUCUCCUCUUGCUCUAGAGGACCUGGUGGAGAAGGUGAUGGUCUUGCGGAAGUCCAUCGAGCGUUUGCGUAACAGUGAGGUGGCAGUGCAGAGUGCAGUGCUGGCUGAUAAACUCAUUCUCUAUGCCAACCUGCUGGCCUCCCAGGGCAACCUGGACACUGCCAUCAGCUACCUGCCCAACAGCCCAGAGCAGGCCAGUAUCAAAAUGCUGAGGGACCGUUUACUCCACGCCCAGGGAACAGGUACCCAGGCUUCACAGACCCCCAGUCAGUACCCAAGAGCCCCCACAGGAGGCGCUACACCUGCACCUUCCUUCACACCGAAACCAGCAGCCGCCCCGACGCAGAUACCAACCCAGAAAACACACCCACAGCCUCAGUACCCGUCGGCAGCGCCCUCUCAACCCCCGUACCCACCCACAGCGCACUCUGGUGCCACCCAGCCCCCAAUGCCUUCCAUGUUCUCUCCACAGGCUCCGGACACGAUGCCCCCUCCGCCCACCUCCCACAUACCCACUCCAGGCGUGCCGCGGCCCACUUUACGGCCACUCUACCCACAACACCCUGCCACUGCUCCAGGCUUCCCUCCAUCUCAGCAGUUCCAUCCACCGUCGCCAUCUCUGGUCGGACCUGUUGGCUUUGUCCCUGGGCCCGCGAUGCCACCCUCAAGUUUGACCGGUCCUCCAGUGCCCCCUUCCUCUGCCCCUGGUGGUGCUCCCAUGAUUCCUAAUGCUGCGCCACCCCAGCCGGGCUUCAUCCCUUCCACCUCUAUGCCAUCUAUGCAGCCAAGCUCACUGCCAGGGGGUCCCAUGCCCAUGUUUCCAGGGGCUUCACAAAACCAGGGUCCUGCACUGCCACCAACUAGCGGCGUAUACCCACCCAUGGGGCCGGGCUACCCACAGGGAGGUCCUGGGGCCCCCCCAGCGAAACCCUUCUCCACCCCUGCAGUUCCACCCCCACCCACAGGCUUUUUUCCUUGGCUGAGUUCCCAUUAUGAGGAUGAAGGUACACAGGAAGGAUGGAACGACCCACCAGCCAUACGAGGAGCCCCAAGAAAGAAGAAGCUCCCAGAGAAUUACACUCCACCUGCCCCAAUCACGGCCCCAGUCAUGGGUUACCCCGUGGAGGCUCCUGCCCCCCAGGACCAUGUGCAGGUGCCUCCAGGCGCCCCCCAGGAGCCCAGCGUUCAGCUCCUCCAGCAGUUGCCUGCUGAGCGCGUGGAGCAGAGAGAGAUCCCUCUCGAACAUGUCACCCUGAAGACCACUUUCGACAGCCUGGUCCAGCGCUGCCAGCUGGCCGCAGGAGACCCGCAAACAAAGAGGAAACUCGACGAUGCAUCAAAACGCCUCAGUCACUUAUACGACAAGCUGAGGGAUCAAGCACUGUCUCCCAGUAUCCUGGCCGGGCUUCAUGAGAUCAGCCGCUGUGUAGCCAGCCGGAACUACCUUCAUGGCCUAGAGGUGCACACACAGAUCGUCAGCAGCUGUAACUUCAGCGAAGUGUCUGCUUUCAUGCCCAUCCUCAAAGUGCUAAUGACCAUCGCCAAUAAACUGGGCGUCUGAGAGAGAUCCCCACACAGACACACACCAAACUUCAGUGUUAACAGCAACGACAACAAAAAUUAGAUAGGAAUUUAUUUAUUUCUCUGGGUUUUGAUCUGUUAAAACUGUGCUUUGAUAAUUACACUAUUGCUUCAAAAUGCUGGUAUGAAUUAAGAAGUUUUUUGUACCCUUUUUUUUGUUCCUCCCCGCCCAAAAAUAAUCUUUUUGGAGAGUGCAGAGUGGUGAGGUAGUGAAUGUCCUGGUGGAUUUUGUGUUUUGUGACUCUGUAGGUGAAAAUGUUUGAUGAACAUUGGAGAGGUGUAUGGUUAGCAUGAUGACAUUUAAGAGGUUAGAGAGCCAGGUUACCUGAAAGUUGUUUUUACACUCCUGAACGCUGACAUUAGUGGAAUGUUAGUUUAAUGUUUCUUGAAUGUUAAACAUGCACUCAGAAGUGUUGGAGAAGUGAAUGUUUGCCCUCAUCUGCAAAGAUUCAGUUGCACGCUGAUGCAGAUACAGCAAACAGAAAAACACUCCUUUGGAGGAGAUUUUAAAAAAGCUGGACUUUGUCCAACUGUUCUCUUCUUUCCCAACUAAAACGCAAAGUCUACAUUACACCAUAAAGAGUGACUGAAUGUAA